AACAACAAAAAAGCAUUUGACAUAGGAAGACCGGACAAGAUCUAAGAUUAGAGGAACAUUGAUUCAAGUCAUUUACAUAUGGCGGUUUGAGUUAAUAGAACGGAUAUGGAGGGAUUAACGGAGUUCGUUUCAAAAUCGUUUGUCAAAGACAGUUUACCCAAUUUCAAAGAGACCACCGCAGCGUUUCCCUGCAAACUGGAGGCCGGGUAUGACUCUUCUUCAGAACCAACGGACCUGAGAAUUCGACGGAGAAGUGAAAGCCCCGAGACCAAGACCUCAACAAACGAGGAGCAAGAACGGUCCACCCCGACAACCAAAACCGAGACCAUAGAAUGUUCAGACGAAUCAGACAACGAGUCUUCAGUCAAUGAUAGACACAGUACAUCUGGGGAAGGGAAGGAUCACCCGAAACUUAAGCAAAGACGAAGUCGCACCAACUUUACCUUGGAGCAGCUGAAUGAAUUAGAAAGACUCUUUGAUGAGACUCACUAUCCAGAUGCGUUUAUGAGAGAGGAACUCAGUCAAAGAUUAGGUCUCUCGGAGGCCAGAGUUCAAGUGUGGUUUCAGAACAGAAGAGCAAAGUGUAGAAAACAAGAAAGUCAAAUGCAAAAAGCUGGAUUACUUAUCCAAGCUCCAGGGACGCCAUUGGAUGCCUGUAGAAUGACCCCGUACGUUGCCAUGCCUCCCAUGCGUGAACCAAUAGAUCGGUUACCUCCGAUGUCACCAUUUUUACCGUACUAUCCACUGCACGGUCCCAGACAUGUCCCCCAGCCUAUACAUCCACUGCUUCUGUACCAUCAUCACUACGCAGCCGCCUUAAAUUACGCAUCCCUGCAUGACAACGGCCUCAAGUCUAACAAAAACUCCAGCAUAGCGGACCUUAGACUGAAAGCAAGACAGCACUUAGCCUCACUUGGUAUCUGAAAAGUCAAAUACAAAAUAUCAUCUGUACUAUGUGACAUAAGAAUUAACAUAUGGUGGAUUUUAUUUGAUUAUUUAUAAACAAGACAUAAUAAAAAAAGGUAUUUGUAUCAGAAAUAAACUUUUUUUUUUUAUCGAUAUUGAUUGUCGAUUCUACUGUGAUUUUUGAAAUACUAGUGCAAAACAAUUCAUAAUACUAAGUACUACUAAUUGCAAGAUUUCCGAGUUCCUUUUUGAAACUAUAUGAAUUGCUUUUGACUUCGGAAGAUUGAAUGUAUAUAACAAAUGUGUAAAUUAUUUUUUCUUGAAAAGAAAACUAAGAAUAUAACCUCCUAUGUAAAGCGAUUGGAUUAAAUGUUCUAAACAUACACUGGUAUUACCAGGUAGUCACAAAAAUAUCAAAACACAACUCUAUUCAAUAAAAAAAAAGA